AUGAAUAAAUUAUUCAUACUUUUUUCAUUAUUGCUUGCAAUAACAUCAAGCCAAAAAUUAAGUAUAACAUAAUGCACAUGUGCAUAAUUAUUAUCAGAAGGUGAUUGUAUAAAAAAUGCUUCAAUUAGAUGUUCUUGGAAUAGUACUACAAAAACUUGUGCAAUUUCAACUAUUCCAAAAUUGACGUAUGCAACAUAUUGCGAUAGAUUUUCUGAAGCAAAUUGUCCAAAAAUUAAACCAUGCACAGAUUGUGGAAGUUAUGCUGCCUGCGCCUGGGUUGAAGGAUAAUGCACACAUUUCACAGGAUGCACAGCCUUUGCAAAAACAACAGAUUCUGAAUGUUAAGCAAUAAGUAAUAGAUGUAUUACAGAUGGAACUCAUUGUGUUGAACUUGAUGCUUGUAGCACAUACAAGAAACAACUUCCUUGUGUCAAAAAUGCAGCAGGAAGCUUGUGUUACUGGGAUACAACAAAUAAUACUUGUGUAGAUGCUAAUAAUUGCGAUAGAUUACCAAUUACAUUUGUUACAGAUAAAGAAUGUAGAGAUGAGAUAUCAACUUGUACUACAAAGACUGGAGGUGGAUGUGUUGAUAGUGGAAAUAAUUGUAGUGAUUAAACAUUAGAAAUUUAAUGUGUUUGGAAUAAAUUAAGAUCAAUGGCAUGUUAUUGGGAUGGAGCAGCAUGUAAAGAUAGAAUUUGUGAUAAUGCACCAACAACAUUAACAACUGAUGAAACAUGUAAAACCUUUAGAACUGAUGGAACAUGCACAACUAAACCAAAUGGAGGUUGUAUUACUAGAACUACUUGUGCAGCUGCAACUAUUUAAGCUGCUUGUAUUAAGAAUAGUUCAGGUGGUGAUUGUUAUUGGACUGGAACUGCAUGUGUUGAUAAGAUAUGUACAAAUGCACCAACUACUAUGACAACUAAUUCAGCUUGUGCUGGAUUUGUAACAGGAUGUAUUACUAAAUCAGGUGGAGGUUGUGUAUCUAAUGGAGCUUGUUCAGCUGCAAAUGUCUAAGCAGCUUGUGUUAAAAAUACUUCAGGUACUGAUUGUAUUUGGGAUACAACAUGCAAAGAAAAGACUUGUGCUAAUUCACCAAUAACUAAUAAUACUCAUGAAUUAUGUACAUCAUAUUUACCAACAUGUACAGUUAAAGCAGGAGGUGGAUGUUAACCUAGAAGUUGUACAAAUGCUCCAAUAACAUUAACAACAAAUGAUGCAUGUGAAGCAUAUUUACCUAAUAAUAAUUGUAUAACAAAGACAGGAGGUGGAUGUGUAACAAAUACUACAUGUUCGUUAAUUACUUUAGAAGCUGCUUGUAUCAAAAAUGUUUAUGGAGCUACUUGUUUCUGGGAUACUUCAAGUUCAGGUUGCAAAGAUAAGAUUUGUACAUAUGCACCAUCAACUAAUAAUACACAUGAUUUAUGUGUUGCCUUUUUAUCAACUUGUACAGUAAAUUCAACCAAUGCUGGUUGUGUAGAGAAAACAUGCGAAAAUUCUUUGGUAUAAACUAUUUGUGAUAAAGAUUUGAAUAACAAAGCAUGUAUUUGGAAAGGAAAAUGUUAUAAAAAAGAAUGUGUAUUAGCUUCAUCAACCACAGCAACUCAUCAAGAUUGUUAAACUUAUGAUUCUAGUUGUACUUUGAGUAAUACUGGUGUUGGAUGUGUUCCUAUUCCACUUAAAUGUGAAGCUAUUAUUAUUGAAUUGGCAUGCAAUGUUAGAUUAUAAGUUACAAAUGGAGUUAGAUCAUACUAAGCAUGUGGUUGGAAUGGUUCAUAAUGUAUUGAUAAAGCUUGUUCAACUGCUUCUAGAUCAUCAUCAACAACUGAAGAAUGUAAUAAUUACAAAUCAGGUUGUGUUGCUAAUAAUCCUGUUAAUGGAUCAAUAUCAGGAUGCUAAGAUUUACCAACAACUUGUGCUGCUAGAAGAUCAAGUGAAAAUUGUUAAAUUUCAAGAAAUGGAUUGCCAACAUGUUUAUGGAAUGCUGCUACAUCUGUAUGUGUUGAAAAAUCUUGUGCAUCUGCAAGUAUUGUAGGAUUACCAGGUGUAUUAUCAUCAGGAUAAUUUACAUUCAGUGGUUGUAGAAAUUAUCUUUCUAAUUGUAUCUCAAACAAUAAUUAAGAUGGAUGUAUAGCUAAGCCUACUAAGUGUUCAGGAUUAAAUUCUUAAAAUUGUUAAAUAGGAUCAAAAUAAUAUGGAGAUUGUUAUUGGAAUAGUACUAAUUGUGUUGAUAGAAUUUGUACAAAUAUCCUAUUAAAUACUCAUUCUGAUUGUUAUAAUACAUUGGAUACAUGCACAGUGAAUAAUUCAAAAACAAGUUGUUAAUUGUUAGCAAUGAAUUGUUAUUCUUAUAGAUCAUAGGAAAAUUGUAAAAUAAAUUUAAAUAAAAAGAAUUGUAUAUGGACUGGUACAAUUUGUAGAAAUGCAAUAUGCUCAGAUGUACCAGAUAGCAAUUCUUAUGAUUCAGAUACUGAAUGUUUAAAUUAUAAAACCUCAAAUGAAACAUGUGCUGUUUUAUACAAAACUGGAGGAUCAGGAUGUGUGACAAGAUCAGCUUAUUGUAGUGAUUAUAAAUCAGAGGCUUAAUGUUAUAGAACUUUUUCAGCCAACUCAGAUGAUUGUACUUGGAAUUCAAAUUAUAAUAAGUGCUUUUCUAAUACAUAACUUUUGAAUGCAUGCUCAACCUUUACAGGCACACAAGUUUAAUGUUAAUCAAUAAGAUAAGGUUGUACUAAUUUAGUUGAUGCUAUAAAAACAAUUGCUUGUUCAUUUUCUUGUGAAUCUAUAACGGGAUUGUAUGAUGCCAAUCAUGCAGCUUGUUAAGCAUAUAGUUCUACUUGCACUAAUUCUGGUUCAACAGCUUGUCGAACCUUUUAAUCAGCUUGCAGUAGUUAUUCUGUAGAAGCUGAUUGCACCAUAAAAGUUGGUGGAUUGAAGUGCUUUUGGAGAUUUGCUGUUGCUACUCCUCCUAUUAAAGCUGUAUGUUUAGAUAUAACUUCUACAAAUUGCGACGCUGUUACUGGAUUGUAUGAUGCCAAUCAUGCAGCUUGUUAAGCAUAUAGUACUUCUUGCACUAAUUCUGGUUCAACAGCUUGUCGAAAAUUUUAAUCAGCCUGCAGUAGCUAUUCUACCGAAGCUGAUUGCACCAUAAAAGUUGGUGGAUUGAAGUGCUUUUGGAGAUUUGCUGUUGCUACUCCUCCUAUUACAGCUGUAUGUUUAGAUAUAACUUCUACAAAUUGCGACGCUGUUACUGGAUUGUAUGAUGCCAAUCAUGCAGCUUGUUAAGCAUAUAGUACUUCUUGCACUAAUUCUGGUUCAACAGCUUGUCGAAAAUUUUAAUCAGCCUGCAGUAGCUAUUCUACCGAAGCUGAUUGCACCAUAAAAGUUGGUGGAUUGAAGUGCUUUUGGAGAUUUGCUGUUGUUACUCCUCCUAUUACAGCUGUAUGUUUAGAUAUAACUUCUACAAAUUGCGACGCUGUUACUGGAUUGUAUGAUGCCAAUCAUGCAGCUUGUUAAGCAUAUAGUACUUCUUGCACUAAUUCUGGUUCAACAGCUUGUCGAAAAUUUUAAUCAGCCUGCAGUAGCUAUUCUACCGAAGCUGAUUGCACCAUAAAAGUUGGUGGAUUGAAGUGCUUUUGGAGAUUUGCUGUUGUUACUCCUCCUAUUACAGCUGUAUGUUUAGAUAUAACUUCUACAAAUUGCGACGCUGUUACUGGAUUGUAUGAUGCCAAUCAUGCAGCUUGUUAAGCAUAUAGUACUUCUUGCACUAAUUCUGGUUCAACAGCUUGUCGAAAAUUUUAAUCAGCCUGCAGUAGCUAUUCUACCGAAGCUGAUUGCACCAUAAAAGUUGGUGGAUUGAAGUGCUUUUGGAGAUUUGCUGUUGUUACUCCUCCUAUUACAGCUGUAUGUUUAGAUAUAACUUCUACAAAUUGCGACGCUGUUACUGGAUUGUAUGAUGCCAAUCAUGCAGCUUGUUAAGCAUAUAGUACUUCUUGCACUAAUUCUGGUUCAACAGCUUGUCGAAAAUUUUAAUCAGCCUGCAGUAGCUAUUCUACCGAAGCUGAUUGCACCAUAAAAGUUGGUGGAUUAAAAUGUUUUUGGAGAGCUGCUGAUGCUGCUGCUACUCCUGUUAUUACUGGUGCUUGUUUAGAUAUAAUUUCUACAAAUUGCAGUGCUGUUAUUGCAGGCUUUAGUCUUACCCAUGCACUAUGUUAAUAAUACAGCACAUCAUGUACUGGUAAUUCUGAUGGAAUUGCUUGCCAAACAUAUACUUGUGAAACUGUUUCAAAUCCAAGUUGGACAAAUUGUUAAGCUUUUAGCGCAUCUUGUAGUGUAAAGAGGGAUGGAAGUAGCUGCAUCCCAAUACAAGCAUAGUGUUCAGGAUAUUCAGCAACUAUUGCUAAUUGUUUUAGAUCUACUGCUGGGCUUUGUAUUAGUAAUAGUUUAGAUAAUUCAUGUGUUGCCCUAACAGCAUCAACAACUUGCGAAGCUUUAUAUUUAGGAACUGGCAAUUACACACAUGAAAAAUGUAAUUAAUUUAAAGAUACUUGCACAAAUUUAAAUAACACAGGAUGUUAAACUAAGGCAUGCUCUAACUUCACAGGAACUUUUAAUCAUUCUAAUUGUAAUACUUGGUUGAGUACUUGCACAGUGAAUUAAGCAGGAGAUGCAUGCGCAGUAAUGCCAGCAACAUGUGCCAGUUAGAGUCAAGCAUCAUGCAUUAGAGCAGUUGAAGGUGAAUGUGUUGUCUCAGGAACAUCUUGUGUUAGAAAAACAUGUGACACAGCUUCACCAGCUGCAAGCUUUACUACUAAUGCUUAAUGUACUUCAUACCUGACUACAUGCACAGUUGCAAGAAUAGGAGGUUGUUAACCAAGAGCUGCUUGUUCCACAUAUAGAUCAAAUCAAUAAUGUAAAUUCAAUAAAAGUGGAGAAAGAUGUUUCUGGAAUCCUACAAAUAUGAAUUGUGUUGAUUUCAGUUGUGGUAACAUUGAAUAAACAUCUUCAUAUGAUAAUCAUACUAAAUGCUAAACAGUUGAUUCAAAUUGUACAGUUAGAGCUACUAAUGGAGCUGCUGUCGCUGGUUGUAUGACUAGAGGAGCCUGCAGUUCUUAUUAAAUUGAGGAUUAAUGCAAAACUAAUGCAAAUGGAAGUGUUUGUGUUUGGAACACAAAUUUAGCCUAACCUGCAUGUUAAGAUAAAUCAUGUACAACUGCCCCAACAGCAACAGUAACACACUCUAAAUGUGAUUCCUAUUUCUUCACAGCCUCUAUUAGAUGCACAGUAGUUGCUAGACAAGAUGCUAAUGGUGGUGCACCAGUUCUAGGAGGUUGUCAAUAAACAGCAGCUUGUGCUACUUAUAUACAUUCAGAAUAAUGCAUAUUCAAUGCUUCUGGAGAUCCUUGCGGAUGGAAUGGCACAUUAUGUGCAGAUAAGUCAUGUGCUACUGCAACUGCUGAUUAUGAUAAUAAUGAUAAAUGCAGAGCUUAUUUUGAUAAUAAAUGUACAGUUGCAGAUUCAGGAUAAGGAUGUGUUGAUAUACCAGAUACAUGUGAAACUAUGGUAGAAAAGUAAUGUGUUACUGAUAAAUCUGGUAGAUUAUGCUAUUGGAAUGGUACAGCUUGUAUUACAAGAUCUUGUGAUAAUGCUCCAGAAGCAACAGCUUCUCCUGACGAAUGUAAUACUUAUUUGGCUGGAUGUACUUUAGAUGCAGAUGUUAAAUGUAAGACAAAGGUUUGUGAAGAUUUUGCUUUUGCCACUGAUGCCUUAUGUAGAUAAGCUAUAAGUACAUGUACAACAAAUGGAACAAAUUGUGUCACAAGAGGAACUUGCUUCUAAGCUAUGAGCUAAGCUGGUUGUGUUACUUCAGCAACAAAUCAAUAAUGUGAAUGGAUGCCAGCUGUUGGAAAUAAUUAAGCAUAUUGUACAGUAAAGACAUGUAAUACUGCUCCAAAUACUUUAACUUCUGAAGCCGCUUGUGCAGGUUAUUUCACUAAUUGUACCACAAAGAAUGGAGGUGGAUGUGUUACUAAAUCAACUUGUGCAGCUGUUACUGUUGAUGCUGCUUGUACUAUUGCUCUUAAUGGAACUAUUUGUGCUUGGGAUAGUGCAUAAAAUAAAUGUAGAGAUAAAGAUUGCUAAGAUUUUAGUGGAACUACUCAUGCUGCAUGUUAAGGAUAAAGAGUUGGAUGUACUGCUGGAGCUAAUGGAAAAUGUGCUAGAGUUUAAAAUUGUGAAUAAACUACAAUUAUAAGUGCUUGCAUUGAAGGAACAAAUGGACCAUGUCUUUGGAUUAAUGACUUUGUUAAUACUGAUGGAUCGACAGGAGCUUGCUUUAGAUAUACUUCAUGCAAAAGUUUGACUUGGAAUUCAGAUACUUAAUGUAAAUGGAUAAGUAAAUAAUGUACAACUAAUGGAUCUAAUUGUAUUGGUAUUACUUAAUGUUCUGAAACUAAUACUGAUGGUGGAUGUGUCACAGGAUAUGAUGGAGCUUGUAUAUAAUCAGUACCAGCUUUGAAUUCUGCAGAUCCAAAGGUUUGUAAACCAUAUACAUCUUGUGCUGAUGCUUUCUAUACAACUCAUUCAGAUUGUUAAAUUGCUAGUAGUAAAUGUACAACAAAUGGAACAACUGGUUGUAUUGCAUUAGGUGCUUGUUCAUCUUAUACUUCAUAAGCAGGAUGUUAUUUCAAUGAUAAAGGUGUUAUUUAUACAUCUGGAGUCAUAACUUCAACUGGUAUUUGUACAUGGGAUAUAACAGCUAAUAGUUGCAGAGAUUAAUCAUGUGCUGAUUUGACUGGAACAACCGAUGCAGCAUGUUCUUCAUAAUUAUCAACAUGUACUUCUGAUGGAACAACUUGUUUACUCAAAGGAGCAUGCUCAUCAUAUACAACUUAAACUGCUUGUACAACUGCUGUUGGAUCUGAUGGUGUAUGUUAUUGGGAACUUGGAUCCGCUACAAAUAAUAACACUGCUAAAUGUAGAUUAUUAACUUGUUCAGAUAUUUAAAAUGGUACAGCCACCAAUGUUUGUUCAAUAGCUUUGUCAUCCUGUGUUUCAGAUGGAACAGUUUGUAUUACAAAAGCUAAUUGCUCAACUUAUAAAAAUAAAAUAUCAUGCAACUCAGGUGGAUUAGAUGGAAUAUGUGUCUUCACUUUAUCAACUGCAACUGGAGCUGCUGCUGACUCUGGAUCAUGUGCUUUAAUGACAGCAUGUACCACUGCUAAUAAUGAUUAAGUUGCUUGUUAAUAAGCUAGAGAUAGAUGUUCAUGGACUCCAGCAUCAGGAACUGGUGCAACUGCUGUUGCUAGUAAAUGUGCCACUCAUACUUGUGCUACAAAUUAAGCAACUAAUGGUGCUUGUACAAGAUUCUUAAAUUGGGAUAAAAAGACUUAAUAAGUUUGUACUCUUGUUAGUGGAACAUGUACAGCUACAGAUCCAUCAACUUUAUCAUCAAAUGAUUGCUUCUUGAUUUCUGGAUAUACAUAUACAUGGAACGCAUCAACAAGCAAAUGUGGAGUUUGCACUGCACCUGUUGUUUAACCAAAUAAUACAGAUAAUAAUACAAACAAUACAAAUAAUUAAACAACAACAACCGAUUCAAGAUACAUUCUUGGAUUAUCAACAAUCAUUUUUGGAUAUCUUAUGUUCUGA